AGAGCCCUCUACAGGGAUGUCAUGCAGGAGAACUGUGAGAAUGUGACCUCGCUGGAGUUUCCAGUUUCCAAAUUUUAUGUGAUCUCCCAGCUGGAACGAGGAGAAAAGCCAGGGGUGCCAGAUGUCCAGGGCUCAGAUGAAAGAGAGAUCUGGAGGGAUGCCCGCCCAGCAGGUGAUGGGAUGUUGAAUGAGAAUGAGGAGCAGAAUCCUCAGCAGCAAGAUGCUGAGCAAGUGGAAGCACAUGCGGGAUUAUCACAAAGAUCCAAAGGGAAUGUAUCCAGGCAUCAUGUGAAGGGAAAAGCCUGUGAAAGUGAGCACAGUCCAGAGAGAGAUCAGGGAAAGAAGACAGGGGAGAAAAUGAGUAAAUCCAUUAAUUAUCAGGAAACUCAGAAGGAAACCACAGCCCAGAAGAGAAUCCUCACAGGAGAGCGAAGCAACACAUGCACUGAGUGUGGGAAAAAAUUUAGUAGCCGCUCACACCUUAUAGAACAUCAGAGAAUUCACACAGGGGAGAGACCCUACGAGUGCUGUGAGUGCGGAAAAAGCUUCACUCGGAGCUCAACCCUUGUGAGGCAUGAGAGGGUCCACACAGGAGAGAGACCCUAUGAAUGUUGUGACUGUGGGAAAACCUUCAGUCAGAGUUCAUCCCUUAUUACACAUCAGAGGACCCAUACGGGAGAGAGACCCUACGAAUGCCAUGAGUGCAAGAAAAGCUUUGCUCGGAUCUCAACCCUUGUUAUGCAUCAGAGCACCCACACAGGAGAGAGACCCUAUGAAUGCUGUGAGUGUGGGAAAACCUUCAGUCAGAGUUCAUCCCUUAUUGCACAUCAGAGGAUCCACACAGGAGAGAGACCCUAUGAAUGCCAUGAGUGCAGGAAAAACUUCAGUAGUCGCUCAGGGCUUUUUGACCAUAAGAGAAUCCACAGAGGGGAGAGACCUUAUGAAUGCUGGGAGUGCGGGAAAACCUUCACUCGGAGCUCACACCUUAUUACACAUCAGAGAAUCCACACAGGAGAGCGCCCCUAUGAAUGCUGUGAGUGUGGGAAAAACUUCUCUCAGAUCUCAGCCCUUAUCAGACAUCAAAGAAUUCACACAGGAGAGAGACCCUAUGGAUGCUGUGAGUGUGGGAAAAACUUCUCUCAGAGCUCAGCCCUUACUGCACAUCAGAGAAUCCACACAGGAGAGAUCCCCUAGAGAUGCUCCUUGUGGGAAAAGGUUCCAUCAGAGUUCAGUUUUAUCAUCAGAAUCCACACGGGAGAUAAACACAAUAAAAACCUUAUCUAGAGCUGACCAAAAAAAUUCUUUAAUACUUUUGCUAAUUCCCACAUAGUGGCCUUUCAGGCUGUUUGAAUCAUUUACGUUACCAUGGUCUCUCCAAUCUCUUUUUGCCUCUCGAGGUCCCUUCCUUUCCUACAAAUCCAUGACUUUGUGUGGAAGUUAUGUCCAAGCACAAGAUGGUUUGGAAAAUUAUUAAAACGAUUCCUCUUAAUCCAAAAUGCUGGCUUCCUAGAGAUACCCUCACCUGCUCACUUAGUUCUGCAGUAAAGGAUCUGCCUUUGAAACAGAAUGCCAGAUGAAUCCAUCUUUAUUGCUAGCAGUUAGACACUGUAUUGAAUAUUCUUGGAAAAAUGUGACCUGCUUUCUCCUGUGGCACCGAGUAUAUAAAAAUAUAGACUGUUCUUGUAGUGGAAAACUUUUGUAUCAACUACAUAAGCAAGAAAAGUGAUUAAAAAAAAGAG